CGGGAACACAUGGCGCCAUGGUUGCCUAAAAUCCAGGGUUUAUUUCUAUAUAACAACAAUCGCCGUGGCUCCAGUUCGCUAGUCCUUAAACCAGUCUGUUGGAAUCGUUCGUUUCUUUUCUUUACGUUCUCAAGAUCUCUCGCGAUGGCUCAAGCAAAUCUGAUUAAUGACAGCCCUGAAAUCAAAGAGCCUUCCCCCAAAGUCCCAAAACUCAGUCAAAACGGAGUACAUGAAGUUACCCAAGGUCCAGUCUCGCUUUUGAAAGUAAAAAAACUCUCUGAAAAAGCUGUUUUGCCGUCUAGAAGCUCUGCUCUUGCUGCAGGCUACGAUCUGUCAAGUGCAACGGAUACCAAAGUGCCUGCUAGAGGAAAAGCGUUGAUUCGUACUGAUCUAAGCAUUUCAGUACCGGAAGGAACCUAUGGCCGCGUUGCGCCAAGGUCUGGUUUGGCUUGGAAGCAUUCCAUCGAUGUAGGUGCUGGAGUAAUCGAUGCAGAUUACAGGGGACCCCUUGGGGUGAUUUUGUUCAACCAUUCGGAUGUUGACUUUGAAGUGAAAGUGGGCGACAGAAUUGCCCAGUUGAUUAUUGAGAAAAUCAUGACACCCGAUGUUUUGAAAGUUGAGGAUUUGGAUGCUACCACUAGAGGCGAUGGGGGAUUUGGCUCCACUGGUGUUUAAACCUCUCUGUUUUCUUUUUCCUGUCGCAGUGUAUUAGGAUUAGGGGUCGUUUUAGAGGGCUAAGUUUGGUGGGCGGCACUGCUGAAACAAAAUGCUUUCCUUUGUUUUGCUGUUUGGGCAAUGUCUUUGGAAGAAGCCAUCAAUGAUGUAUUCGGUAAUCGGCGGUAACUAAGUUCUCUUAUUGAUCUUUGCACAACUGUCCAAGCUGUGCUAUUUUAUCCGCACGUUAAUAUCUAUGGUCUAUUGUCAA